GAAGAAACUUUGGUUGAUGAUGAAUUACCUGCACUUAAUCAGAUUAUUGCAUGGUUUGAAGAAUCAGGUUUCUUGAAGUAUGAGGUUCUUAAAGAAUUUCGUGCUGCAAAGAUGAUCUUGUCACUGGAUCUAACUUAUACGUUCGAAAACGUUAAGCGGGAUAACAACAAUAUUUUCAUUAAAAAUAACUUGAAACCAAUCGAAAUCGAACCUCAAAAAUUAAAUCACCAUAUGCAGAAUGCUAAUCGAUUGGUAUCUGUGUUUGGCUUACCAAACGGCUUUAGAUACUUAAAAGCAUUGAAAUUGAGCAAUAUGCCAAUUAAGGAUUCUUACUUUAACAAUUUCCGGGGUCUAAGCCUGAAUGAAUUGGUUAUUGACAAUACUGGAAUCGGGGACGAGGCAUUGGCUUAUCUUGUAGCACUAAAAGAUAAUUUGUGCCUUUUGAAUAUCACUGGAAAUAUGAAAAUUACUGAUGAUUCUAUAUUUAUUCUAGUUCUUUUCGAAAAAUUGAUGGUAUUGCUCCUGGAUGAUACUUCUAUUUCUAUGGAUGGAGUUCGCAAAUUUGUUUCUAUGACAGCCAGCAUUGAGUUAUCACAAAUUUCUAUCCCCUCAUCAUGCCGUAAAUAUCUUAAUAAACGAAAAGAAAUCUAUUGUGUUGAACAUAAACAAGGAAUGAAAGUUGAUCCAUUAGAAGUUAAAUUUAUGAGUCUUUCAGAGAUUCGUCGACAACUAAUGUUCCAUUAUGAGGUUAAUUCUAAUAUUAACAUUGUUGGCUCUAAAGAAGAAUUAGAAGAAUUGUUGAGAGAGAUUUUGAAACGGCGACGUGACGAUGGAAAGGCUAUGUUGUUGACUGGUGGGCGUGAUUAAUACACCAACGAUACAUUAUAAAGAAAUUAUAAUUCUAAUGAAUUUAUUUGAUCUAAUAAGCACAAAUGGAUGUUAUGUAUGAGUUUUUAAUGAUGGUCUGUAAAAUUGAUGAAGAUUAUAUGUAAAGUAUCCGCCAUUAUCUUUUAUCAAUAUCAAAAGUUAAUUUACAA